AUGGAAGUCAACACUAACCAGGCGGAGGCCAGAUGUUAUGAAGAUAUAAAUUCAGAUGAGAGCAUGGAAGACAGAAGAGUGGUUCGAAAUGUUAGUGAAAAGAUGACUGAGGAUGUUAGUAGUGAUAGUCGUGAUUCAAAUAGUGAUGGCAGUGAUUCAGGAAGUGAUGAUAAAGAUUCAAGCAGUGAUGAUAAUGAUUCAAGCAGUGAUGAUAAUGAUUCAAGCAGUGAAGAUAAUGAUUCAAGCAGUGAUGGUGGUGUUUCCAGAAGUGAGGAAUGUGUUUCAGUAGGUGAUGAAAAUGAGAUUGAUGAAGAGAAAAAAGAGAAAAAUGAUGGUGUGUGUGUAAAGGAUAAAGAAGAAAAGAGAGAAAGGUAA